AUGGCCGAGAUCCUCCAGAGCGUACAAGAGAAGGGCGGCAACUCCUACAACAAGCCGUACUUCAUGUCGUUCCUGGUGCACAGCGCCUACGCGGUGUUCUUCGUGCUGUGGGUGGUCGUGCAGGUGUUGAAGGGCCUCCUCGGCUGCCGACGCCGACGGGCCUCGGUCCACUACGACCUCGUCCUUAGCGACGACUCGUCCGCGAGCGGCGACCACUACCAGUCCCCGCCGCGUCAGCGGCAGCGCACCACAUCGAUCACCUCGCAGGGACUCGACCACCGCGCCGCCAGCCUGCGGCCCAAGCGCCAGCGAUCUGCCGCGGCUGUCGAUCGAAAUGAAGGCGGCAGCGACUGGUGGCCGCAGCUCAAGGCCAACUGGCUGCCGACGCUGGUCUACUCGGUGCUGGUCUACGUGGUGGUCUACACGUGGUACCUGUCGCUGUCGCGCACGUUCGUGUCGGUCAACACGGCCAUCUACAACUCGUCGUGCGUGUUCGUCUUCGUCUUCUCGGUGGCGGUGCUCAAGGAGAAGGUGUCGCUGCUCAAGAUCGUCGCCGUCGUGUGCUGCCUCGGCGGGGUGGUGAUGCUCUGCGUCGACGGCCUGUCCAGCGACGACAAGAGCACGAAGAAGAAGGGCGGCGGCGACGAUGCGAAGAACGACGUGUGGGGCUACGUGCUGGUCAUCGUCAGCACCAUGCUCUACUCGCUCUACGAGGUCCUCUUCAAGCGCUGGGGCUCGUACAAGGAGACCCAGCCGACGUUGGUCGUCGCCGAGCGCUCCUCGAUCAACUACGACGAGCACGAUCGCGACAACUAUCACGACCACGACCACGACGACCAGCACUACCACGAGGAGGAGGAGGAAGCGGGAGCUUCUGGGAAAAGCAGCGGCAGGGAGCAGAUGUGGAAGCGGCUCAAGGUGGUCGAGCACACGAUGCUCUUCAUCGGCCUGCUGGGCGUGUGGACGAUCCUCCUGGCCUGGCCGGGCAUCAUCAUCGUCGACAAGACCGGCAUCGAGUCCUUCGAACUGCCCCACGGAAAAUCGCUGCAGGGAAUUCUGAUCACGAUGGGCCUCGACGCGCUGUUCAACUGCCUGCUCAUCCUGGGCAUCGUGAUCUCGUCGCCGCUUUUCAUAUCGGUCGGCAGUCUGCUGACCAUCCCGGCGUCGGUCGUGAGCGACUGGCUGCUCCACGGCACCGUGCUGCCGAUCCUCUCCUACAUGGGCAUGCUGGCCAUCGUCGUUGGCUUCCUCCUGCUCACCCUCUCCGAGUUACUACACUUCAAGUUCCGCAAGCACGACCACGACAAGAACAAGGGAGCCUGCGACCACCUCGUCCCCUCGCUCUACUGA